AUGGCUGAGGCACCUCAGCAGCAGGAGGUGGAGCAGGAGGUCCAGCAGGAGGCGGAGCCGGAGGCGCAGCAGGAGGCCAGCGCCGCUGGUAGCGCCACAGAGGCCGACGGAGCGGUCGAGCCAACGAAGGAGAGCGCACACGAGACGCCAACGAGAACCCUGCGGCCCGCGGGCAGCGUGGACCUGGACGAUGACUCUCCUAACAUGAUAGUCUACAGAAAGAUAGAGGACAUUGUGUCACGCAUCCAGGAUGAAACAGAGGGCGUGCCUAUUAGAACGGUCAAGAGUUUCAUGACUAAAAUUCCCAGUGUUGUCACAGGUACUGAUAUUGUGCAGUGGUUGAUGAAGGACCUGACCAUUGAGGAUCCAGCUGAAGCCAUACACAUCGGAAGCCUCGUUGCUGCCCAAGGGUACAUCUUCCCCAUCUCUGACCACAUCCUGUCCCUCAAAGACGACGGCACUUUCUACCGCUUUCAGGCACCGUAUUUCUGGCCGUCCAACUGCUGGGAGCCCGAGAACACAGACUAUGCCAUCUACCUGUGCAAGCGGACCAUGCAGAACAAGACCAGGCUGGAGCUGGCCGAUUACGAGGCGGAGAACCUUGCCAGACUACAGAGAGCUUUUGCCAGGAAGUGGGAGUUUAUCUUCAUGCAGGCUGAGGCCCAGGUCAAGAUCGACAGAAAAAAGGAGAAAACCGAGAGGAAAAUUCUUGACAGCCAAGAGAGGGCCUUUUGGGACGUUCAUCGACCUGUGCCCGGCUGUGUCAACACCACAGAGAUGGAUAUCAGGAAAUGUAGACGCAUGAAGAAUCCUCACAAAGUCAAGAAGUCCGUGUAUGGUUUGGCGGAGGAGGCCGUACAGUCCCAGAGCCCCAUACACAUACCAAGACAUCAGCCCAGAAAAGGCACCAAGGAGGAUGUGGAGAAAGAGAUAUUAUUUCUGAAUACCCAGCUCGACCGACACUGUAUGAAGAUGUCUAAGGUCGCUGAAAGUUUGAUGAGUUAUACAGAACAUUACAUGGAGUACGACCCUUUCGUGACGGCUCCAGAACCUUCCAACCCGUGGACCAGUGACGACUGCGCCUUCUGGGAUCUGGAGGCCAGUAAGGAGCCCAGUCAACAGCGAGUGAAGAAGUGGGGUUUCUCUCUGGAGGAGGCCCUGAAGGACCCAGCAGGACAGGAGCUGUUCCUAAAGUUCCUGGAGUCAGAGUUCAGCUCAGAGAACCUGCGGUUUUGGUUGGCGGUGCAGGACUUUAAGCGGCGCCCUCUGCAGGAGGUGGCGGUGCGGGCGCAGGAGAUCUGGGCCGAGUUCCUGGCGGAGGGAGCACCCAGCUCCAUUAACCUGGACUCCUGCAGCUACGAACGCACAAGCCAAAACCUGAAAGACCCCGGACGCUACAGCUACGAAGACGCACAGGACCACAUCUACAAGUUGAUGAAAAGUGACAGCUACACACGCUUCCUACGCUCCAAUGCAUACCAGGACCUCCUGACGGCAAGGAAGAAGCCUGAGGCAGAGCAGGGGCGGCGUACCUCUCUGGAGAAGUUCACACGCAGCGUGGGCAAGUCACUGACUGGCAAGCGGCUGACGGGCCUCAUGCAGUCUUCCUGACCAGGCCUGCACGUAGAGGAGGACCAUCCAUGCCUAGGA